AUGGCGCCGGUCGCCGGUCGCGCUUCCGGCGGACGGCCCGACGUCACUUCCGGCGAGGCUCUGGCGGGCGAUUUCAACGGCGCAGCGAAGCGGUUCGGAGGAGGCGGCGGCCGCCAUGGCGGGAAGCCGCCCCGGGAGGCGGGCGCGCUCGGCGGGGGAGGCCCGGGAAGGCGAAGGUCCGAGAGGAACUUGCCUUCCUCAACUCAUCCAGUGUUCCAGGACAACCCCAGGGGGGUGGCCAGGAAAAUGAUGGGCAGCCCGUGCCCAGCUGCCCCUGUCGUGCGCACGAUAACUCUGAGAAAGAUUAAGCCACGGAAUCAGCAGAUCUCCUUAAAAGAAAACAAGGAGAACAGCCCCCCGGCGGCCCCCGAAAAGCAACCUCCCCAUGGAGGGGAGGCCUCGAAGAAAGCCCAGCCUUUUACCGCCUGCUGCCCCUUGAAUCUUGACGCAGAGAAUUCACCGACAGAGACUAACGUCCUCUCCCUGGUCAGCGCCAACACGCCGGAUUCUCCUCCGGGAUCCGAACGAGACCUGGCCAUGGCCAAACGGGUGCGCCGGUCUUACAGCCGCCUGGACGUCUCCUUGUCCCAGAGCUUCACCGAAAAGCAGGAGUUUCCUCCCUUCAGCCUCGCUGGCACCUCCACGCCCGCCGGUGGUCCCGGCAAGCGGCAAACCCUCUUUGGUUUUGAAAAGCUGCUGCUUGAGCCCUCCGCUCUGCAUACCAGCAGCGCCCCCAAGACGGCAGCUGCAGAAAGUGGGGCCUUCGGGAAUCCGGACACCGACAUCCCCGGCAUCUCGUUUGGCAGAGAAAAGCGGAGGAGGAAGAAGAUGCCUCAGUUUGGUAAAUCAGAGAUGGACGAAUGGGCCGCCCAGAUGAACGCUGAGUUUGAAGAAGCCGAGAAGUUUGACCUCCUUGUGGAGUGAAAAUGCAUCUGCUCAGCACGUCUUCGAUGGCCAGAAUGUUGCUUGUACAUAAAUCUGAAACCCGCCCUGGAGGACGCUUAAGCUUUCUUGGCGUAAAGCUCUAAAUCUUCUUACUACAGGCUUAACUCGGUGACAAAAGGCAGCUACCACUUCUCUUCAUGCCCCUACCCCUCCAAAACAAAAGAUACUAUAUUGUUCUAUGGGCUUGUGAGGACUAAUUUUUUUUUUCUUGUCUGUCACCUGAAAAAAUAUGUUCAGAAGGAUCACAGUUCUACCCAGCAUCACAAUUUUGGUAAAUGGCUUGGCUGCCCUUGGAAACAGC